AUAUUUAUCCUGCUCAAAAAUUCAAAUGGCAAUUCGACCAUCACUUCCCAUCCUGCUGCUCUCUCUCAACUUUUGUUUAUUCCAUGGAGCUUCCGGUGACUAUGGCGGCGGAUGGCAGAGCGCUCACGCCACAUUCUACGGCGGCAGCGACGCUUCCGGCACGAUGGGAGGAGCUUGUGGCUACGGAAACCUGUAUAGCUCCGGGUACGGCACCAACACCGCCGCACUCAGCUCUGCUCUGUUCAACAAUGGCUUGAGAUGCGGCUCUUGCUACGAGCUCAAGUGCAACGCCGCAAUCGCCGGAAAAUCGUGCCUCUCCGGGACCAUCACCGUGACGGCGACGAACUUCUGCCCGCCCAACCCCGGUUUAUCUAAUAGCAAUGGUGGGUGGUGCAACCCUCCCCUGCAACACUUCGAUUUAGCCGAGCCCGCCUUUCUUCAUAUAGCUCAAUACAGAGCCGGAAUUGUCCCUAUAUCUUUCAGAAGAGUGGCAUGUAAAAGACCAGGAGGAAUAAGGUUCACCAUCAAUGGGCACGCCUUCUUCAACUUGGUGCUGGUUACAAAUGUCGCCGGCGCCGGCGACGUUCAGAAGGUAGAAAUCAAGGGUUCACGCACCGGGUGGCAGCCAAUGUCCAGAAACUGGGGCCAGAAUUGGCAGAGCCAUUCCAAUCUCAAUGGGCAGAGCCUCUCCUUCCGGGUCACCACCAGCGACGGGAGGAUGACCGUCAGUAACGGCGCAGCUCCGGCGAACUGGCAAUUCGGUCAAACAUAUGAAGGGAGUCAACUCUAGCAGUUUCCCAACUUGAUUGAAAAUAAUUAGAUUUCUAGUCUCUCACACACAUAUGACAUUAUUAAUUAAAUGUGUAAAUAAAACUCAUUGGGGUGAAAUUAAGUUCACUCCGAUAUAGAUUUUAUAACCACAUUUAGUAAUAUAGAUCGAGUCAAAUAUGUUCACUUGAAUUCUUUAGAUUUUUCAUAAGAAUGAGUGACUGAAAUAAGUUUCAUUUGUAUAUUCCAUUAGAGUGUGAGCUUGUUUGUGAGGGAGUGUGUUACACCAAAAUCUAAUUUGUGUAAAUGUAUCCUUUGGAGUUUGUACCAAAAGACGCAUUUAAAUUAUUUCUAUGGCAGUGGAAGCCUGUAAUUAGUUUGUCUUAUUCAUUUGUCAUGUUUUAUC